AGGGGAACCCUGGGAACACGAUCGAAACGCUUUUGGUUGUCCAAGAGAGCAUGUCAAUCCCUUUUCCCGAGUACGGUGCACGCCCCGACUCUGCCCGCGCCUCCCAUUGAGCAAACUAUGUCUAUACACCGCUCUGGACAGCAGGCGACGACUAUGGCUCUGGCUCGGCCCCAGUUCCACGGCCUCCUGAAGAGCUACAUUCGCAAGCACCUCAUCAUUUGCCUGUCCUUAGCCGGUGUCGGCGGCGUGGCGUGGCACUAUGGCGUCUGCGAAGCCAGGAAGAAGGCCUAUGCCGACUUCUACAAAACCUACGAUGCGGCGGCCGACAACGAGCGGAUGACCAAGCUCGGGCUCUUCCAGUCAAACCCAGGCCCGGGCCAUUGAUGAUGUACCCCCAACCUUCCGUCUCGCCAGUUAAUAAAGGCACUUAUGUGCAUCCAGUAGAA